CGUUGGGUCUUGUGAAUAAAUUAACUUUGCGCAAAGCAUUUAUGUAGCGAGUGUUGGGUGUCAAAUAUUAUUUAGCGAUGACUGAGUCUACGAGUGAUUACCGCACUAAGAGAUAUGUACCUCGCGACGUUUGGCACAAACUAAAAUGCCCAAACUGCAAUCGAACCCUAUCCGUUGGACCUGUCAUGAUUUGCUUGAUAAGAACCUAUAUAUGCGGAAGAUGCACGAAAGCGGUAAAAUUUAAAAAUGUCAAAUUUACUAAAAGUCUGUAUAACAUUGUUGCUUGUGGAUUUUCUUUCCCAUGUUUGUAUACUUACCUAGGAUGCCGCACGAAUCUAUCCAUUUUUGAAAUGUCAAAUCAUGAACAACAAUGCAGUGCGGUCGCAUUGGAACCUUCAGAAGUAUAUUGCCGAUUAUGCACAUUUAAAGGACCGGACAUGGUUGACAUGGUCAUGCACAUGAGGAGAUGUCAUCUAGAAGAAGCAUUAUUUGAAGGAGCGAAAACAAUAUUUUCAAUAACGGUUGACCAAAAAUUGAGCAGACUGUUCUUCCUUGAAGAUGGAAUUUUUCUAAUGCAUUUGGAAUACAAUAGGCCCACUACGAGCUUGUUUGUAACUAUUGAUUGUUUAUCAGUAGUGAGGCCACGACUAUUUAGCGUCAAAAUUCAAAAUCCUGAUGACCCAUCGAAUCAUGUACUACUUCAAUCUACCAAUGGUGUUAAUAUUAGCUUAGUUGUGAUUAGGAAGAAUUACGGCCAAUUGAAUGAUAUAUUUGGUUUAAAUACUGUAUUAUCGUACGAAUUAAUUGUUGAAAAUUUAGACUUAAGUUUAGAGGAACAUGACUUGCAACUGAGAUCUCUCGAUCUGCGCAAAACCGAGCAAGCCUGUGAAAGAAUUGUAGGAAGGCUCAAUCUCAUAACAAAGACAACGAAUGAGAAAUUCGAUACACAUAAACAGAUUCUUGAUAUUCUAAAGUAUAUAGCCCCGAUCGUUUUGAAAUGCAGCAAUUGUAAUAUAAUCAAUCCAGGGAUAAAACACUACAUUUGCUCAGAAGGGCACAUCUAUUGUAGGGCCUGCGUGCAUCCUAAAUGUGAAGCAUGUAAGGAGUUCAGAGAAUUCAAUUCAGUUAACGAUCUUCUAAAACAAGGAGUGGUUUGCGAUUGGCCUGAAUGCGACAUUAUCACAGAACUACAUUACUACAUUUCACAUAAGGCUGCUUGUUCACAUCGAACUUACUUUUGUCCUCUCAAAGGUUGCUACCAAUAUUUCACAUCCAUUCCUGAACUCGCUGUUCAUUGGCAUGCUGCUACUCCCGGUCUUAUAGAAAACAACUCCAAUAUCGUUUGUUGUAAGGGCGCUCACCAGGAGUUUUUUUGGAUAUUUAAUCAUGACAUAUAUCGUGUGUUAGUCAAUAUCAGCGAGAACAUUCAAAUAAUCGUUGAAGACUUCGAUGUCGUAUUAACUAACAGCAAAAUCUACUGUUACGGAAUUAAAGACGAUGUAAGGGAGGAAAUUCCGUCCUCCAAUAUUUGUGGCUGCUUUCAGGUUUUUGUGAACAAUCGGCAAGCAGAAAAUCCAGAUGAGUUUGUUUAUGAUAAAGUAAAAAUUCAAAUGGUGAGUGGCGUAUUUGGUUGAUGCGAAAUAUCAAUUUGCUUGAUGCAAAAUAUUCAUAUUUCAAUAGUUAACGAAUAACAUGUGUGGAUUUUAUGUACAUGACUUCUUCCACAUGUUGCUUCUUCCAUUGAGUUAUUGAAAACCGAUUAUAAAGCACUGUUAUUGGCUAGUUAUAUAUUGUUUUUUCCUAAUGUUUAUCGUAUUAAUAUAGUGUUCAAUCAUUUAUUUAUUAAUUUCUGAUUGAUUAUGUCGUAAUUUUUAUACUUACUUAGUUCUUUUAUAGAUUAGAAUAUUAUUUUACACCUCUUAAUACUCUAAUAAUUCAACAUAGAAACACUGUUAUUCUAUUUGUUUGAAAUAUAUUGAUGCAUUACUGAAA